AUACAAAAAAAUUUUUUUUCAAAAUUAAUACCACAUUUCGAAUAAAUUUAAAGUUAUUUAGAAAUACAUUGAAACUUAAAUAGAGUAAGAAAAAGUGAAAAUGACUGAUAACAUGGAUAAAAUAGCUAAAGUUCCUUUAGCUAGACCAGGAUUUGACGCUUUUGAUAUGUCAGCUCCAUUAUUAGUACAAAUGAAUUCAGAGGGCAAAUGGGAAAAUUGUAAACCAGAUAAUAUGGACGAAGAAAGGCUAAAAGCAGUAGUCCAACAUUUAGUUAAUUCUAAAUCAAUAUCCGCCGCUCAAAGUUAUUGCUGUCAGUGUGCAGCUGAAAAUCAGAAAGUAAGUGGGAAAUCAAACUAUGUACCAGUAAUCAUGAUGCCUAUAUAUCCCGCUGACGAAUGUCCGUUCGAUAUGAAAUGUGAAGUAGAAAAAAUGAAAGAAACGGGUAAAAAGCCAACUAAGAAAGCUGUAACUAAAGAACAAGAAAAACAUACAGAAAAUAUCAAGGAUAAAAAGAAAAUUAAAAAACGAACUUUUGUUCUACAACGUCUCACUGAUUUUGAUUUACUUUCUCAAUGGUAAUAAUAAAACAACAAGACAUUUUAUUUUGUUAAAGACUGUAGGUUUUUCAUUGGGGUUAUUGGUUUUGAAAUUAAAGCUUUUGUUUGGUGCUGAUCA